CACGGUAUACAAUAGUCCUCACAUACGAGCUGGAUAGAUUCCAUUCUCCUGACAGAAAACCUAACGAAUGUGGGACUGGAAGUUGGGGAUGGAAUCAAUUUUAAAUUUUACUAAACAUCAAGCUUGAUCCUUGCUCUAGUGCAGUACGUGGAGCAGCACGGCGCAUGUCCUCGUCUGCGUGUCAUGUGACCUCACCGUUGCCUCCGUGACGUGCCUAGCAGAGCCGAGUCCUGUUUUGCGUUUCAAUCUGUGUAGCGGUGCAGCGCCGCCUUCAACCUGACAUGACUACGAUACGAAAAUAAGUGGUUAGCCGCAAAAAGCCAGCCCGACAAGAGAGGAGAGGAGAGGAGCGGCCACACGUUAUCUCCGAGUGGGAAGCUGUCAAUGUUGGACUCCUUGAUCUGCCAGCAUUAGGACCCUGACGAAACCAUCUGACCCACCAUGAUGGCAUCCAGUGAUGUAGACAUCCGCGGCGAAGGUUCUUUGUUCUCCGAUCAAAAUCCGUCAGAGAUGGAUGCUCUGUGUCCAUCUCCUCCUGGACCAUCCAGACCCCAGCGCAACUAUGAGAGGAUCGGAGGACGGACAGGAACCUCUUUUUGUCAGACUCUUAUCCACCUGUUGAAAGGGAACAUUGGUACAGGGCUGCUGGGGCUGCCUCUGGCUGUCAAAAACGCAGGGCUGGUGCUUGGACCAGUCAGUCUUCUGUGUAUGGGAAUUGUUGCAGUCCACUGCAUGAGGCUGCUGGUGAAAUGUUCCCACCACCUCAGCGCAAAGGUGAACAGGCCAUCUCUGUCCUACGGUGAGGCGAUGCAGUAUGGGAUGGAAAAUGUGUCGUGGCUGAGGAGACAUUCACAUUGGGGAAAACGGACGGUGGACUUGUUCCUCAUCAUCACCCAGCUGGGCUUCUGCUGCGUCUACUUUGUCUUCCUUAGUGACAAUGUCAAGCAGGUGGUAGAAGCAGCCAACGCCACAACCUUCAGCUGCCAAAUAAACAACACCAAUCAGACCCAGAUCCUAGUUCCCAGCUUCGACUCCCGUCUCUACAUGCUCUGCUUCCUGCCUGCAGUCAUCCUGCUGGUUUUCACGCCCAACCUGAAGUACUUGGCUCCGCUCUCUCUGGUGGCGAACCUGGUCAUGACCGCCAGUUUGAUUCUCAUCUACUUCUACUCACUCACGAACAUCCCUCAUCCCAUCAACCUACCAAAAGUCGGCAGAGCUAAAGAUUACCCUCUCUUCUUUGGGACGGCCAUCUUCGCCUUUGAAGGAAUCGGAGUGGUUCUUCCCCUGGAGAAUAAGAUGCAGAGACCUCAGAAAUUCACCCUGGUUUUGUAUGUGGGGAUGGGCAUCGUCACCUUCCUCUACAUCAGCCUCGGUACCAUAGGUUAUAUGUGCUUUGGCGAGCACAUAGGCGGGAGCAUCACUCUCAAUCUGCCAAACUGCUGGACAUACCAGGCUGUUAAGCUGCUGUACUGUUUUGGUAUAUUCAUCACCUUCGCUCUGCAGUUCUACGUUCCAGCAGAGAUCCUCAUACCCCCUGUCGUGGCUCGUGUGUCGGAGAGGUGGGAGAUAGCAGUCGACCUGCUGCUCCGCACCGUUUUGGUCAUCUUCACCUGUGCCCUCGCCAUCCUGAUCCCGGAGCUGGACCUCGUCAUUUCGCUGGUCGGCUCGGUCAGCAGCAGUUUCCUGGCGCUCAUCUUCCCACCCAUCCUCCAGAUCGUAACUUUUCACACGGAGGGCCUGUCUCCGCUGGUGACCGCCAAGAACGCCGUCAUCAGCCUGAUAGGUCUGAUCGGCUUCCUCGCUGGAACCUACAUCGCCAUUGAGCAAAUCAUCGCCCGCAACUCGCUCAAACACGAAGAGACGUUCUCCUCCUACAUGGUCCAGUGAUGGAGUGAUGACUGUUGGCAGGUGGAAGUAACCCACACAGGCCGUUCUCAAACCAUUUUAGGGCACAUUUAUCAUUUUUUUCUUCUUUGAUUUGCUGCUGUUGGACAUGGCGGCUGUUUUAAGAUGAAUUUGUGACAUGGCUAAGCAGUAUGAAGCUGUACGGAUUCGUGGUGCUCGAUGUUGUGUCGUUACGUCACCGCAGUACUACAGUGUCCUGUUGUCCUACCAUUUUGUGCAAUCUAACAGUAACAUGGUAAAAGCUUAAUAAUUCCGUCAGGUGGAAGAUACCUGCAGAAAGGUUUUAAUGAACAGAGGGUUUGUAGAGGUAAUUUAUCGUUUUAACAGGCUGAUUAUGAUCAUGUGUUAAGCGUUUCAGUCCGAAAAUCUACCUCAAUAACUGGUAUCGGUUUGAACAUUCAGAUUAGACGCUGUUGCUAACAUUGAGUUUUAACCAUCGUCCCGAGCGUUUUCCAACCAACCACCAAGUCAUUUAGAAAAAGGAGAAAAAUUUCGUUGCACUUUGAUUUAUGCCUUAUUCAGUCAAGCAGUGCACUACGUUGGUAGUAGUAUCAGGCGACACGUUACACUUUAAAUCAAGUAACUUAACAAUCACUGUUGGGGGAAAAAAAACUAUUAAAAUUCAAGGGUUGGGUUUCAGCUGCCCCCUUUUCACCAAAGCAAACUGUGUGCCAGGUCUGGGCAGAGUUGCAGAUCUUCCAAGUGCUACAGAGCCACUAUAUAGCCAGGUCACUGCAUACACUACCGUUGAAAAGUUUGGGGUCACCCAGACAAUUUCACAUUUUCCAUGAAGGCUCACACUUUUAUUCAUAGAGCUGCUCCCCGGUGGUGCUUUUAGGGACGGAAGAGUCCAAUUCUCCGUCCACGGAGGUGACGCAAACGUUGACCUGCAACGACAAAAAGCUCAUUUUAAUCAAGUUUAAUCAAUCUUUUUAAUUCCCACCAGGCACGUCUGCUUAUCUUAUCUCAUUAUCUUUUUAUUUUUUUAAUUUUUUGAAAAGUUUGGAGUCACCCAGACAAUUUCACGUUUUCCAUGAAAACUCCCACUUUUAUCCAUGUACUAACAUAACUGCACAAGGGUUUUCUAAUCAUCAAUGAGCCUUUCAACACCAUUAGCUAACACAAUGUAGCAUUAGAACACAGGAGUGAUGGUUGCUGGAAAUGUUCCUCUGUACCUCUAUGGAGAUAUUCCAUUAAAAAUCAGUCGUUUCCAGCUAGAAUAGUCAUUUACCACAUUAACAAUGUCUAGACUGGAUUCCUAAUUCAUUUAAUGUUAUCUUCAUUGAAAAAAACUGCUUUUCUUUCAAAAAUAAGGGCAUUUCCAAAUGAACCCAAACUUUUGAACAGUAGUGUACGUCUGUCCAAACAGCUCUUUAACUACCGAAGCUCGCUCUAGUUUAUUCUGAUCUUCUGUUGAGGACCACAGCAAACGAGACAGUUCUGCUUGUCCCAUGUGCCACUGCUGGAAAGCCAAUAAAAUCCUCAUCUGUCUAAUUUUCCAUGCCGUUUCACGUCUCCAGUCGAGAGCGAAUUCUUCUUCCUUGGACCAAAUAGAUUAGCUGUGGUUUUGUAAAACAAAUGAAAGUCCCAAAGUUCUGGUUAAUCUUUUUGGUCACGAUAAUUCCCGACUUAAGCAGUUCUUGGAUGUAUAUCUUCAAAGUAUUGGUGCAACUCUGGAACCGGUUUUCUGAACUGGUUUGAAAUUAGAUGCCGUCUCCAAACCUGCCUUGGUGGAAAAGGGGUAAAAGUUCCAAGUUUUUCAGAAAUGAGGAUUCACUUUUCGUCUUUUACUGGUUACACACGUGUCCAAACUCGUUAUGUUCAAAUUCAAUAAAGGGAAAUAUAGAAGACUUCAUGAUGUAAUUAUCACCGCUACGUCUCACAAUUCUAUUAACUGUAAAUAAACCCUGAACAAUUUCAAAAACACUGCAAUUAACCAAUCGAAAGUAAAGUUUGUAGAAAAUUAGCAACAAUUUUCAGUUUUGAAAGCGUUUCUGUGGUCUAAAAACUUCAAUUUCUGUUCUAAAACAACUAAUCAGGAUUUGAUUUGAACCUUUACUCAGAAGCACAAAGACAAUCAGUGAAAUCUGAACUGAUACCCAACUCUAGAACAAAACCCCCCCACCAGAUCUUCUAAAUUCAGCUCUAUCAGGUCCUGAUCAGAAACUCAUCUGUAAUGUGUUCAUGUAGGAGCUCUUCUGUGUAACACCUCGUCUUUAAAGCUUUUAUUUUUUUGAUUCUGUUCUUUUUUUUUAAAUGUGUUUUUACGUUUUAAUGUAUUUACUAAAUUAAUGGUCGGGUAUUUUUUUUUUUUUUUUUAAUAGACUUUUUAUAUUCACACACACCAUGCAUUUUUAAGACUUUCAGACUAACUUUGAAAGUUUAGUUUAAUUACAGAGAGGCUCUGCAUGUAAGAUAAUGUAACACGGAUGUAAUAUAAUGCACUUACGAGUUUUAACUCCGAGCUGUAGGUGCUAGAAGAUUUGUAAAUGAUCCAUUCGCAUUAUUAGACCGACAAAGGCCGACAUGUACUGUAAGUUCACUGUAAAGCUUCUGUACUGUUGUGUGUCUUCAGUGUUUGUGUGGCAAUAUAACAUGGACUUUUUUUAAUCUUUUUUGGAAGAAAUGCAGUGGAAACUAGUUCAAGAAGAAAGAAAGAAAUCUAUGGGCCUUAUGUGUAAAGCAUUUGAAUUAGGUUUUUUGUGUGUAUAUACAGUAAUAUACCCAUCUGUUGCACAUAUGUAAAUGUUUGCACACGUACAAAGAAGUCUUUUUAAAUGAGAAAUACCCAUAGUUGUCCCACGUCAAAGGAUUUACGUGCUAAAAUGGGAAUGACGAAGAUGUGCGGCUCCCCAAAGAAGACUAAUUUCCCUUUGCUUGUGUUAAUUUUAACUAAUCUUUCAAUUAAUCUCUUGUUUAGUUCAGCUGGAAAAUCUAAAGAUUUCAAGUUGAGCUGCAGAUCGUCAGAUUGGACGGGCUGGAACCUUCGAAUGUUUCCGAUCUUUAUUAGCUAAACAGUUUAAAGUCCAUUUUUAUUUCAGCACUCUUUAUUUCUUCAUUCCUUUCUCAGAAUAAAUAACAUUAAAGUAC